CCCGGACCUGAGGUAAGGGCGGGAGAGGGAAAGAGGAACUCGCACACAGUGAGCUGGAUUCGACCGAGCAGCAGCAAGCGGUCGGAGGGCGACGACAGAAGCGAAGGGAUUGGUACCGGGAUCCCAGCGUUACCUGUCAGACGCUCAGGACCCACUUUCACGUUCCUCGGGGGCUAUUAGUUGUCUCCGGACACGGUGAUAGACAUGGGCCACUCAAGAGUGUAAUCAGGUAUAGAGUGGAGAAUUGGUGCCGAAGAGCUUAAAGAAGACUGAAAAUUCCUCUUUGAAAUCUAUCUUUAGAGGUCCUCAAUCAGAUUAAACCUUCUUUAGAAGCACUGAAGAAUUCCGAAGGAUAAAACUUAGAUAUCUUGCCUGUGAAAAUGAAUGGAAAUGAUUCAACUCCAACAUCCAACUCCAACGUAUCUGUUUCUUACACUCCAAGACCUGAGGACACAGUUUGUAGCCAUGAUGUCUUGCUUAUCGAACAGUUCGCAGUCCUUACAGAAAGCCAAAGGAAAAUAGUUGCCACAUUGUGUUCAAUAGUGGGGCCUUUUACUGUUUUGGAGAACAUUUUCAUUAUAUGUGUGAUACUUUUGACUCCACAACUCCGAAAACGACCCUCUUAUUUAUUUAUCACAAGCCUUGCCACUGCUGAUCUCAUAGCAAGUGCUGUAUUUGUCUACAGUUUUAUUAGCUUCCAUGUUGUCAAGAGCAAGGACAACACGCAAGUAUUUCUGUUUAAACUGGGAUGUGUCAUUGUGUCAUUCUCAGCUUCAGUGGGCAGUUUGCUGCUCACUGCUAUUGACAGGUACAUAUGCAUUCACAAGCCUUCUGAAUACAAGACAAUUAUUACAAAGAAGAAAGCAGUGAAUUGUAUCUUAGUUAUGUGGCUAUUGGUUAUUUUUAUAGGCUUACUUCCUUUGAUGGGUUGGAAUUGCUGUCGGUCACAUUUUACGUGUUCCCAGCUAUUUCCUUUAGUUGAUGAAACCUAUUUAAUCUGCUGGAUAAUGCUUACAACCUGUCUGUUAGUUAUAAUAAUUCAUGUCUAUGUACAUAUUCUAUUGAAGGCUCAUUUUCAUUCGGUCUACAUGGAGAAACAAAGAAGGAAACAUCAAGCAAAAUUAGAACACAAACGUAUGGACAUUAAGCUUGCCAAAACACUAGGCCUAAUAUUAAUUAUUUUGAUUACUUUUUGGUCUCCAGCCUUGAUUCUAAUGACUUAUGAUAUAUUUGCCGAUGUAAGCAAAGAUACCAAAACGGUGUUUGCGUUUUGCAGCAUACUGUGCUUGCUACAUUCAACCAUGAAUCCAAUAGUUUAUGUGUUAAGGAGCAAAGAGAUGCGCCGUAUAACAUUCAAUAUUUUGUCUGGGUGCAAGAAGCAGGCGGCAUCUCUGGAGAGCAGCAUGGAGUCUGAUGGACAGAUCAAAACCCAGGUUUCAAGUGUUUGUUCGUGAGAAAUACAGGUCAGAAUGUAGUACCUCUCCCACCUUGCCUGAGUGAAAUAUUUGACUGCCUGAACAAUAGACUUUCAGAACAACAACUUAUGCAAAGAGGAAGAACUCUCCAGCUGAUGGUACUUAUUUUGAUUCACGCAAUAGGGGACUUCUGCCAAGAGAUUACACCUUUAGGCGUCAAGUGAUCCUAAUUCACCUACUCAUAGCAUUUCGUUUUACUGAUACUUCAGAUAUGUUACAGAAUUUAAGAAUCACAUUUGCCAACUCUUCUUGAAGAAAAUAUUGCUACAUAUUCCUGACUUUUGUGUCAAUUUAACCAGUAUUUCAAAAUGUUAACAGCCCUCUUAUGCAUUCACUUGAAUAACAGUAUAUAUAUAUGACUGUGUUGCAUAAGUUCUUCAAUGGAUUUUUAAUUCUGUAGCACCAUUUCAAGAAACAAGUAUCUAUUCUAUAGAGUUAGUGUGAAAAACAUCUUGGCAAAUUAAUCUUAGAGGUAAUACAGAACAGCCUCUGAAAUGAGAAACUUUAUUAGAAUUUCUCAUUGGAUCAUAAUUUCUUGUUGUAAACAGUAAUUUGUUUGCAAAUGAUGGAUUCUCGUCCAGUUAAAACAGGUCUACUGAGACAAACCAGAAGAGAUUAUGACAACAUGAACGUCUUUUAUCAAUGUAUUUUGUACAUAGUAAUAGCUUUGCUGAAUGGUCCAAGAACUGGUGCAAACAAAAGUUCUGUUAACUUUUACAAAUGAGGUUUAAAGAUAAUAAAAACAGCAAAUGUUGGCAAGCAGGUCAGGCUGUGUCUGUGUAAAGAGAAACAGAGUUAACAUUUCUGGUCAAGCACCUUCAUCAACACUGGGAAUGAGAGAAAAACAAGUUAGUUUUAACUUACAGGAAAGGUGGGAGAAGGCAUGUAGAGGACGAAGUAAAAAUCUACAACAGGGUGAAGAUGGGAUUACCAUGGGGAUAAAUUGUAGUGUUUUUCUCUCCAUUGGGUUAAUCAGAACAGUUUGAAAGCACAAAGCACAAUAAUAAAUAUUUCACACUUACUUGUUUAAUUUAUUUUUUUAUAUAUACUCCUUACUGUAAUUUAUAGCUUUGCAGUCAAUGUAUUGUAAUGUACUGCUGCCACAAAGCACAUCUCAUGGCAUAUGCCGGUGAUAUUAAAUCUGAUUCUGAUUAAAAUGUUAUGAGAUGCAGAGCUACGAAAGAAGCCCAGCGGGUCGGACUCUGUUAAUGAAGAGCAAAGCUGAGCCAGAACCACCGAUGGGUGACCAACAGAAGAAAAGACCAAAUCUGAUGCAGGCAGAGAAAGCAAAUUAGCAGAAGUUGUAAAAUUUGAAAAUGAGUCUGUUGGGCUGCAUCAUGCCUGGACUGAAGGUGCUACUCCACAAGACAUUACUCUUUAUUUCACAAAAAUCUACAUUUCUGUAUUUAUAUUACUACUCCCCACUGACCCCCAUUAACCCACUAUCUGGAGGACCACUACAACUUACCUUCCUGGUAACCUUGGCCUCACCUUAUCACUGGUUCACUUUGACCUAUUCAUUCCUCCCAACCCCCACCCCCCCGCCCCCCCAACCUUCUCCAUAAUUUAAACCAUUUUCUCAUUUUUUCUUCAAUGCUGCUGACAGGACUUAGAGCAGAAAUGUAAACUCUGUUUCUCUUUUCACAGAUGCUGCCUAAUCCGCUGAGACUUAUGGAUUUCCAGCACCUGUAUUUUAGAUAUAAAAAUCCUUGCUUUAACCUAUGGGCUGUUGUAUACUCUUGAUCUAUUCGUUGUCAUUUUGUUAGCUGUGAUAUAUAUUUAUAAUUGAAUUUCCAGUCUCCUGUGAUACCAUGUUUGGUAAAUCCUGAUCAUUGGACCUUGUUCAGCUUUUACUGAGGGUGACGAUAAGAAAUAGCAGCUUAUUCCACAUUCUUGUUUAUCUGCAUGCAUUAUUAAAGGGAGCAAUUAA